CGAUGUUCCUCUAAUGGAGAUGAAUCGGGUGCUAACAGUCUUCGUGUUCCUCUUCUUCUUAUUCUUCUCCGUAAACGCUUCGCGUACACGAUCUGCUGACCCGUGCAACCCAAGCGCCCAGCGGGACCCACGGACGCUCCGAUCGGACAAGGUAACGGUCCUGAUCAACGGCUACUCCGAGUCCCGCAUCCCUCUUCUCCAGUCACUCGCCGCCACGUACGCCGCGUCCCCACUGGUAUCCUCUGUGCUCGUCCUCUGGGGAAACCCCUCCACCCCGGCCCAAACCCUGGCCCGUUUGGCCCAAAAUCUCUCACUCUCCUCCUCCUUCGGCGCAGCAUCGGUCUCCCUGGUCCGCCAACCAUCAAGCAGCCUCAACGCUCGGUUCCUCCCCCGACCCUCCUCAAUCGGGACCCACGCCGUUUUGAUUUGCGACGAUGACGUGGAAGUCGAUCAGCGAUCGUUCGAGUUCGCGUUCAGAAUCUGGGGAUCGAAUCAAGACCGUCCGAUCGGGUUCUUCGUAAGAUCGCACGACCUGGAUCUGUCCAGGAAGGAGUGGAUUUAUACGGUACACCCGGACAAGUACUCGAUCAUGCUCACCAAGUUUAUGAUCUUGAAAAGUGAUUACCUGUACAAGUACAGCUGUGAAGGUGGGCCCAGGAUGGGGGAGAUGAGGAGGAUCGUUGAUGGAAUGCGGAACUGCGAGGACAUCUUGAUGAACUUUGUGGUGGCUGAUGAGACGAAUGCGGGGCCCAUACUGGUGGGGGCAGAGAGGGCCAGAGAUUAUGGGGAUGCGCGGAACGACGGUGGUGAUGAACGGUGGGGAUUGAAGGGUGUAGGAUUGAGUAGUAGGAGAGGGGAGCAUAGGAAGAGGAGGGGAGAGUGCAUUAGGGAGUUCCACAGGGUGAUGGGAAGAUUGCCUUUGAGGUAUGGUUAUGGGAAGGUGGUUAAUUCCGUUGGUGAACAAGGGAUGUGUGAGAAAGGGGGGCGUUUGGUGCUUUGUGAUCAAUAACAGGAAUAGCUUAUUAUGCUUUGUACUUGUUUGGGACAAUGGGACUAAAUAAAUAUUGUAAUGAAUUGUAACAGUAAUUCAGUUGGUAAUCAAGGAAAUCAA